GAACCAACUGAGUGCCAAAAGUAUGGGUAGGCCAACCAUCGUACAAAUAUUCAUUUUCGACAUCAUUUGACACGGAAAUUGAUCCUCACAUAAAAUAUAUGUAUGUAUACCAAUUUAACAGGAAAUCAUUUGUUCGCUUUUAGGAAGGGUUUGUAGAUUUGCGAUUUUUUAAUUUUAUUUAGAAAUGAUACAUGAUAAAUUUAUCGUUCAUUUAACAAUCAAUAUUGCGCAAAAAAAUCAAUAAUUAGUUAAUUUGCUAUAUUUUAAUAUUUGAAGAUUGUGUAGUUUAUGUACAGCAUUACUUACCAGUGUCUUUAUUCAAUUUUUUGUGUAUUUGUGUAUUUCUAGCGAUAAAUUGGGUAAUUCAUCAAAAUAAUUUUAUGAGUCAUGUACAUAAUUGAUUGGCUUUUAGUAUCUUAGCAACUUGCGGAUUAGUUGCCACCUAGAAAAUAUAUCUCACAAAUUACAAUCAACCCAACAACGCACUUGAAACACUUGAAGUGCGUUGUACACUCAUUUGUGCGAUAACGAUAUUAAUCAAUGAUAAUUCCAAAAUCUGUUGCAUAGUGUGAAAAUGUGACCAUAUAUAGAACCGACCGAUUACGGUAUCGUACCAAUUACCGAUACAAACCUUUGUACAGUUGAAUAUUCAGCAACUGAACUGACAUAAAGAUAUUUGCACCAUAUAGAAGUAUAAUUAUCAGUAAAAAAUAAUAAUUAGUAACAUAAUUGUUUAGUUUUAGUUUAAUAUGUUUAGUUAAAAAUAAAACCAUCAAGGAGAUAUUUUGAAACAAUGUCAGAAAUCCACGAAAUUUGCAAUGACUGGAAAAGCUUUUCCAUUAAGAUUGUCCAAGAGUCUGACAUUCCAAGGAUCAAGACAUACCUGACAUCAAAUUUCCACUUGGAUGAACCUGUUGGACAAAAACUUCCUCAGGAUGACGAAUUCAUAGAGCAUACUAACGAGAAGAUGGGGCUUCUUUUGAGCAAGCACCAAGGUCUGUCCCUCAUGGCAGUUGACCAAAAAUCCCGUGACAUUGCUGGCGUCCAAUUAAUGUUCAUUUGGAAGAAAGAAGACGCUGAAUUGGAAAAAGCACAUCUCACAGGUCGACUAAACUCAGACAGCGAAACUCCACCAGCAGCAAUUUUUCGACAGAGGAAAGUUAUGAAUGCGAUGUAUGCCCCAAUGAAAAAGACACAACUUGGACUGUUUGACACAUAUAAGGUUGAAGAAAUUGGUUGGAAUUUCGUGGCUUCCACUGGACGGAGUUAUCGUGGUCAAGGUCUUGCAUCUGAACUGUCUCGCAGAAUGAUACUCCUGUUGCAAAGCACAAAAGUCAAGUUGACUUUUAGCAUGUUCACCAGCCCUUUUUCCAGACGCUGUGCAACGAGGAAUGGAUUUGUUGAGAUUGAUCGGUGUCAUUGGAGUGAAGCUCUUGAUGAGGAUGGGAAAGCAGUGAUGCCAGACGCCCAUGGACCCGAGGAUUUUGUCGCUUUGAUGAUAUUAAAAUUGUAAAUUAAAUGAUAUUUUCGUAUGAUUAAAAUUAAUUGUUUUUGUGCAAUUUAUUUUAUUUUGAUUUUAUUAAACCUUGUACCUUAUUCGAAAUUAUAACAAGCACAACAUAACGCUUUAAAAUAGAAUGCUGUACAAUUUCAUUAAUUACAAUAAAUCACACAUUUCAAAUCGAUAUUUAUAACUAUUACAUGUAUAACAUAAAUCCCCAUCAUUAUUUUGGUAUAAAAUUAAAUUAAAUUUUGCACUUGAAUAUAUAAACUGCGGUUUUUUAUUUGAAUAACUCAUAAUCUGUCUUGUAAUUGCUCAGAUUCCUUCAAUUGUGUUUUCUUUAAUGAUAAGAAAACAU